CCGGCGUCGCCCUCGAGGCGGGAGAUUCGCGGGGCCCGGGGCCGCCAGGCCGGCGCCAUGGAGCGGCUGCGGGAUGUGCGGGAGCGGCUGCGGGACUGGGAGCGCGCGUUCCGGAGGCGGUGCGGGCGGCGGCCGGGCCAGGAGGACGUGGAGGCGGCGCCGGAGGAGACCCGCGCGCUCUACCGAGAGUACCGCGUCCUGAAGGGGGCCCUGGGCGGGGCCGGCGGCGUGGGACCUCGCAGCCCCGAGCAGUCGCUUCCUGCCGCGGCGCAGGAGGUGCCGGAGCCCAGCUGCUGGGGGCCGCACUUGAAUCGGGCUGCGGCCCAGAGUCCACCCGUUCGUCCCCGUGGGACAAGUGCUGUGGGGUCUGUGCCAGACUACGGGAAGAGGCUCAAGGCCAACCUGAAGGCCACUCUGCAGGCUGGGCCAGUCCUGGGCCGCAUACCCCGACCUCCACGAAGACCCUCAUCCGAGACGCCCUCCCCAGGGCCACCGGGCGCAGGGGCCGCCCCCGUCUCUCCAGAAGAAGUCAGUGAGGUCCCCCUCCAGCCUCAUGGGCCUCCGCUGAGGCCAGGCUGCCUCCAGCAGCUACAGGCAUCCCUGAGCCUACGGCUGUCCUCUCUAGACCCUGACUGGCUACAACGGUGUCAAAACGGGGCCCCAGAUUUCCUGGGGGCUUCUGAGGCCUGCCAGCCUAACCUGGGUGUAGAGGACUCACAACCUCUGGCUUCAGGUGUCCCGCCUGUCCUUGGUCCCCGCGCUGGCCCUAAGACUCAAGCCCUACAGACAGCCAGAGUCCGUGCAGAGAGCCCCCAACCUGGCAACAGUCAAGACAAGAAGUGGACAUGGAAUAGGGAACCAGAAGGGAGUCCUGCACAGGCCCAGCAGGACAGCGGUCACGCGGGACCUCUGCCUGAGGAAGCUGGGGCUCCAGAACACGCAGAAGCCUGCCCAGGAGAACCCGUGGGGGCACAGCCCCCCAGUGGCCCCACAGCCCCCAGGUACCACAGCUUCAGCCCCAGUAGGGUCACCUUGAGACAAGCUAGGGUGGGGCAGGCUUUGGCCAUGGCCUGUUCGUACCUCCUUCCUAGGCCAGCUGUCCAGAGCGGAGGUAAUUACGUGCGGCUCACCAUGAAGCAGAAACGCUACGUUCGGGGCCCGGCGCUCCGCGGCAGGCUGCUCCGACAGCAGAUGCGGAAGCAGAAGUGGCAGAAGAAGAGGGAGUGUUUUGGAGGUGGUCAGCCCAGAGCCACAGUCAAGAAUUCUUGCUUCCAGUGUGGGCAGCUAGGCCACUGGUCAUCCCAGUGCCCCCAGUCAAUGAGUGAGAUAGACACGGAGCCUGCUGGGCCUGAGCUGCUGGUGACUGUGGAGCAGCCUGUGCCCCAGGCACACUGCCAGCACCACCCCGUGCCACCACUCUACCCACCUGGGCCCUCGGGACAAGUGGCAGAGACACCGGCUGAAGUGUUCCAGGCCCUAGAGCAGCUGGGGCACCAAGCCUUCCGCCCUGGGCAGGAGCGUGUGAUCAUGCAGAUCCUUUCUGGCAUGUCCACGCUGCUGGUGUCGCCCACUGGUGCCGGCAAGUCCCUGUGCUAUCAGCUUCCCGCGCUGCUCUACGCCCAGCGGAGCCCCUGCCUCACACUGGUCGUCUCUCCUCUCCUGUCUCUCAUGGAUGACCAGGUGUCCGGCCUGCCCCAGUGCCUGAAGGUGGCCUGCAUCCAUUCAGGCAUGACCAGGAAGCAGCGCGAGUCUGCCCUGAAGAAGGUUCAGGCGGCGCAGGUGCACGUGCUGAUGCUGUCACCCGAGGCGCUGGUUGGGGCUGGGCUGGGGACCUCUGGCUGCCUCCCUCAGCUGCCUCCGGUCGCUUUUGCCUGUGUCGAUGAGGCCCACUGCCUUUCCCAGUGGUCCCACAACUUCCGGCCCUGCUACCUGCGUGUCUGCAAGGUGCUGCGGGAACACCUGGGUGUGCGCUGCUUCCUGGGUCUCACGGCCACGGCCACACGCAGCACCUCAAGAGAUGUGGCCCAGCAUCUAGGCGUGGCCGAGGAGCUUGUCCUCAGUGAGCCAGUCACCGUCCCUGCCAACCUGUACCUCUCUGUGUCCAUGGACAGGGACCCAGAGCAGGCUUUGGUGACAUUGCUGCAGAGUGACCGCUUUCGUGCUCUGAGCUCCAUCAUCAUCUACUGCAACAGACGCGAGGACACAGAGCGUGUUGCCGCACGGCUCCGCACCUGCCUGCACGCGUCCCGGGACCUGGGGCCCAGAGGCCAGGUCCCUGAGGCCGUAGCCAAAGCCUACCAUGCCGGCAUGUGUCACCGGGAGCGGCGGCAGGUGCAGCAGGCCUUCAUGGACGGCCGGCUGCGGGUGGUGGUGGCCACGGUGGCCUUUGGGAUGGGGCUGGACCGGCCCGACGUGCGGGCUGUGCUGCACCUGGGGCUGCCCGCGAGCUUGGAGACCUACGUGCAGGCUGUGGGCCGGGCUGGGCGUGACGGCCGGCCUGCGCACUGCCACCUCUUCCUGCAACCCCAGGGCCAGGACCUGCAGGAGCUGCGGAGACACGUGCACGCCGGCGCAGCCGACUUUCUCGCCGUGAAGAAACUGGUCCAGUGCGCGUUCCCCCCCUGCACCUGUGCCCAAGCCCAACGGCCUCCAGAGAAGGACGGAGCCAGAAGCCAGAAGACGGCUGUGGCCGGGUCCCUGCGGGAGGCUGAGCAGCCCAGCGGCCAGCGGGCAGCCCGGUGCCCAGGCCACCAGCGGGCACUUCCGGUGCAGCCGCUGGUGCAGGCCCUGGACAUGCCCGAGGAAGCCAUUGAGACCCUGCUGUGCUACUUGGAGCUACACCCACGAUGUUGGCUGGAGCUGCUGGCACCCACCUACGCCCGGUGCCACCUGCGCUGCCCUGGGGGUGCCCCCCAGCUCCUGGCCCUGGCCCACAGGUGUCCCCUCCUGGCUGUAUGCUUGGCCCAGCAGCCGCCGGAGAACACAGGUGGGGGAGGCUGUUCUGUAGAGUUUGACGUUGUGAAGCUGGCGGACUCGGCGGGCUGGAACCUGGCGUCAGCACAGCGGGCUCUGCUCCAGCUGCAGUGGGAGCCCGAGCCCACGACAGGUGCGCGCCGGGGCACGGGGGUGCAGGUGGAGUUCCGAGAGCUCGCCUUCUGUCUGCGCAGUCCUGGAGACCUGACAGCCCCCGAGAGGGACCGGAUCUGUGACUUCCUGUACGGCCACAUACAAGCCCGAGAGCGGGAGGCCCUGGCCGGCCUGCGCCGCACCUUCUGGGCCUUUCACAGCGUGGCCUUCCCCAGCUGCGGGCCCUGCUUGGAGCAGCCCAGUGAAGAGCGCAGCGCCAGGCUCAAGGCCCUGCUCAGCUGCUACUUCAAGGAAGAGGGUCCCGGGGACCCGGAAGACAAUCAGGACCCGGAGCCAGGACAGGCAGGGAUCCAGGACUGGGAGGACCAGGUUCGCCGGGACGUGCGCCACCUUCUGUCCUCGUGGCCAGAGCAGCAGUUCUCAGGCAGGGCUGUGGCCCGCAUCUUCCACGGCAUCGGAAGCCCCCGCUUCCCAGCGCAGGUGUAUGGGCGGGACCGGCGCUUCUGGAGGAGACACCUGUGCCUGAGCUUCCCCGCCCUGAUGCGCUUGGCCACAGAGGAGAUCCUGCGCUGGGGCCGCUGACCACCAUGCUAUGGGCCGGCCCCGCUCCCCCACCUCAGACGCCUGCACAGCCUGUGGCCUGGCCACA